UCUCAGAGUUUUUUGCUGUUUAAUGAAUGCAAUUCCAAAUCAGGCAAUGAUGAAAGACUGAAGAUUUUUAUCUGUGUUUUUGUGCUUAACAUAAUGGAUCAGAUUCUGAUGCUAUCUUGCCAUCUGUUUACCUCCUAGCUCUGUUCUGCUGUGUUGAUGCCCAUGCACUGGAAGUGUUUCCCUAAUAAGGCAAUGGCGCUCCCCCCUUUUGAUGCCACACAGAUAUGAAAUGUGUUCCUGUCUUCAAUUAACCUAUUAUAGAAUGGAGUUUAAGCUCUUCAACAAUCCGAUUCCACUCCCCACCCUCACAUAUCUCUCUCCUUCCCUCUGUCCUUCUCUCCUCCCUCUUUCAUUCUGAUCCAGAGGGGUUGUCCCAAGAGUGGAGAGAACAGAGUGUUGCACAGUGACUGGAAGCCACAGACAGAGCAGGACCUCCACAGAGUCACUGAAGGAACGUUCAUACAGCUGGAUACCUUCUGGAACCGCAAGGAACCCCUACCAAAGGAGCCGAGAGGGAUUGACGAAAGGAGCUUUCUUAUAUCUGGUUUUAUUUUCGAAAGGCUAGCAAAGGAAGACAGAUGACAGACUUUAGGGCAGCUCUAAAGCCCCGGUCGGGGCCUAAGCCGGGGACUGAGAUCAAGACGAGCACCCCAACAAAGGUUGACUUCAGAUCGUUGCUCAACAAGAAAGACGGCUCACCCAAAGCACCUGCUGCCACACCACCCCCAAGCAGCGCACCGUCAGACUUCAGGGCCGUCCUGAACAAGAAGCAAGCAGCCGAACCAGAGGAAAAUGAGCAGAAUUCAUCAAAACCAGCACCCAAGACACCCCAGAAGGAAAAGCAAAGCGAUGUCAAUGGCGUAAAUGGUGGCGCAAUUGAAAAAAAGGUUAACGUAAAGGAAAACACAACAGCGGAGAAAAAAGGCAGCAGCGCUGAUGAAGGGACACCUGAGAACAAGGAGAAAGCAAGUCCCAAGAAGAAGACAAAUGAUGGACAAAUAACAAAUGAUAAAAAGGCAAAAGUUGUGAAUGGAGGAGAGAAGGAUGCUGGAAAGGCGCCUGCUUUCACACAGCCUCUCGGUGACAUCACUGUGGUGGAUGGAGAGAAGCUGAGGUUAGAGUGUCGGGUGACCUCUGACCCCAAAGCUGUCAUCACCUGGAUACUCGAUGGGAAAAUUGUGAAGCCAUCCAAGUUCAUUAUCUUAUCACAGGAAGAUGAAAAGUGUUCACUUACAAUUGACAAGGCUCUACCAGAGGAUGAAGGACGCUACACGUGUAGAGCAGAGAAUGCACAUGGUAAAGCAGAGUGUUCCUGCAUGGUAACUGUAGAUGAUCCUUCAGAUCCAUCAGCAGAUAAGAAGAACAGGAAGAGCUCUUCUGCAACUCCCACUACAGAAAAUGAAGCCAGAAUAAAGAAGAAACCAGCUCCCGCCAAACAGGGUUCUCCACCUCAGUUUCUGCAGUUCUCUGGAGAUCAGAAGAUCAGGGCAGGAGAAAAGGUGGAGCUGUUGGGCAACUUUGGAGGGUCGGCACCAAUAACUUGCACCUGGCUCAAAUUUAAAAAGCCGAUCCAGCCAGGAAGUGGAGGUAUUUCCAUAGAGACCACAGAGAACAGCAGUCAGCUGACAAUCACAGCGAGUGACCAGGAUCACUGUGGCUGCUACACUCUAGAACUGCAGAAUAAAUUUGGCACCAAGCAGGCCUCACUCAAUCUCACCAUCGUAGAUAAGCCAGAUCCCCCAGCCGGCAUCCCUGCUGCUUCCGACAUCCGCAAGUCCUCACUCACCCUCUCUUGGUACGGCCCUACUUACGAUGGGGGCAGCAUCGUCCAGUCAUACAACCUGGAGAUCUGGAACUCGAUGGACAACACAUGGAAUGACCUGACCUCCUGUAACAGCACCUCGUACCACGUCCAGAACCUUCUCGGCGACCGUCAGUAUAAGUUCCGUGUCCGAGCUGUUAAUGUGUAUGGAGUUGGAGAGCCCAGUGCAGAAUCUGAGCCCAUUAAAGUGGGAGUGGAGGAGAUAACAGUGAAAAAGGAAGAGGAGGAAGUUGGAGCCACUGUGUCUGACGAUGAUGAGGAGAAAGAACCAGAAUACAGAGAUGUGGCCAUUAAGAAAGACUGUAGCGUUAAGGACUUCUAUGAUAUAGAGGACCGCUUAGGAACGGGUAAAUUUGGUCAAGUCUUCAAAUUAUUGGAGAAGUCCACCAAGAAGGUAUGGGCAGGGAAGUUCAUCAAGGCAUUCUCACAAAAGGAAAAGGAGAACGUGAGGCAGGAGAUUGACAUCAUGAAUAGCCUCCAUCACCCCAAGCUGGUGCAGUGUGUGGAUGCCUUUGAGGGAAGGUCUGACAUGGUCAUGGUCCUGGAGAUGAUCUCUGGAGGUGAGUUGUUUGAGCGAAUCGUUGAUGAGGAUUUCGAGCUGACUGAGCGAGAGGUGAUUAAGUACAUGCUGCAGAUCAUAGAUGGAGUCCAGUUUAUCCACAAGCAGGGCAUUGUCCACCUGGAUCUCAAACCUGAGAAUAUCAUGUGCAUCAACAAGACGGGAAGCAAGAUCAAACUUAUUGACUUUGGACUUGCUCGAAGGCUAGAGGAUUCUGGAUCUCUGAAGGUUCUUUUUGGAACUCCUGAGUUUGUAGCUCCGGAGGUGAUCAACUAUGAGGCUAUCAGCUACCCAACAGACAUGUGGAGUAUUGGCGUCAUCUGUUACAUUCUUGUCAGUGGUCUUUCACCAUUCAUGGGAGACAAUGACAAUGAAACCCUCGCCAAUGUCACCUCAGCCACCUGGGAUUUUGAGGAUGAGGCAUUCGAUGAGAUUUCAGAUCAGGCCAAAGACUUCAUCAGCAGUCUCCUAAAAAAGGACAUGAGGGCCAGGCUGACCUGCGCUCAGUGUUUUGAGCACUCCUGGCUCAAACAGGACACCAGAAAUAUGGAGGCUAAACAGCUGUCCAAAGAGAGGAUGAAGAAGUACAUCCUGAGACGCCGCUGGCAGAAAACAGGGAACGCAGUGCGAGCAAUCUCCAGGUUCAGCUCUAUGGGAAUGUUAGGAGGGAUCGGACCAAAGAAAAGCUCUCCGACUGACGAAGAGGCUCCUGUAUCGUUCCUUGAGAGUGUGGAGGAUGAAAACCGCAGCCCUGAGGCUCCCACCUUCUCCUCUGUCAUACAGGAUGUGGAAGUGGUGGAAGGCAGCGCUGCCCGCUUUGACUGCAAGAUUGAAGGGUACCCAGACCCCGAGGUUGUGUGGUACAAGGACGACCAGCCUAUUAAGGAGACGCGUCACUUCCAGAUCGACUAUGAAGAGGACGGCCACUGUAGCCUGGUGAUCUCAGAGGUUUGCCCCGAUGAUGAUGCCAAGUACACCUGCAAAGCCGUCAACAGCCUGGGAGAAGCAACCUGCACCGCUGAACUGCUGGUGGAGUUCAUGCAGGAGGAGGAAGGAGACGGUGAAGGAGAGGAGGAGGACUGAAUAAUGAUGGAAACAGAAGUGAAGAAUGACUGAAUACCACAGGAACUAUGAAUAUCUUAAACAUUUAGUUUCAAUUCUUCUUUUUUUUUUUUUUUACACCAUCUUUAUGUUUCUUCUUACUGCCUAGAAUAGCUUGGAAAAAGCAAAACUGUUUCUGAGUAAAACAGUUCGCCAAGAUCAAAGACAUUCCUGCUUGUGCCUUUCUGUCCGGAAAAUUAUCCCAACUGAUUUACCAAAAGGGACUACAAAACUGAAUAUGACAACCAUAUGCCUGUAUAGCAACCCUUUCAUGUUGGGACAACAAAAAUAACAACAACAAUAACAAAAAAAAAAAAAAACGCUUGUUUUAUCGGACUGAUCACAUCACAUUGAUAUCAUCUAUGUCAGUAAUUUUUCAUGAGUCAGUAUACAUUUGCACAUUUUACAUUUUAAGUCUGCACUGCAGUGCAAUCUAGUGGUAAAAACACGACAAUGCUUUUUAAAAACGCUUCUAUAUUAUAUAUCUAUAGUAUGUUGUCAAUAUCAAUAUGAAGACAAUUUAAAUCCAGUUGGAGACCUCACUGUAUGAAGAUAUUAACUUUUUUGUUAUUUUUGGCAUUUUUUCUAAUGAUUAUAUUGUGUUUUAUUUAAUAGUUAUAAGAAUUAUUGUUUCUAAAUGACUGAAUCGUUUAGAAACUGUAGUUCAGUGAAUCUCAACCUUUUUUGAGUAAUGGACCCCCGUCAUAUUUGGACCAUCCUCAAGGACCCCAGAAUAAAAUUUGCUUAUUGGUAUCAUUAAUUUCUUUGUGACGACCAAAUGCAAUAAAGUAUAAUUUGCUACUACGUUAGUUGACUUGUCCUAUAUUUAGUCAUAUCGUCAGUUAUAUUAUACAUAUAUUAUCUUCUUCUUUUAUGGGAACAAAAAUUCAUAUUCAGAUAAGUGAUAUAAGGACCACUAUAGCGAUCCAUGGACCCCUGGUUGAGAAACACUGCUGUAGUUGAUAGAAGGAAGUGACUAGCAUUAGACUCCUGAAAUACAAAGAACUGUCUGUGCUGCUUCCACUUUGAGUUCAUUUUGCCUUUUUUAGUUAAUUCACUUGCAUGACAGAACAAUGAGGUGAAUUUUGUGCGGCAACCUGCAAUACAAAGCUUCAUGUCAUAUUUAUGACCCUGUACAGGCUUCUGCUGCCUUUGAGUGUCUGCACUAUUCUCUGAGAAUGAAUUAAUCAUAGUAUUAAGACUCAGACCUGUUUUGUCUUUUGAUUUUUCACUUAAACUUCCCAUCACAUCAGAAGUAGCGUAUUAUAUCUUGACACAAAUCAACAAAUCUAAGCGGCCCUGUAUUUAUUCAUUUUAUUCAGCAUAACUGGCAGUGAUUAUCUGAUUAUCUGGUCAUAUAAAUAAAGUGUUUCCCUUCUGUG